UAUCCCCACGCGUUGUGUGGACAGACAUAUUUUACAAGAACAACAAGCGUAGUGUAAUGGAAGUCCAUAACUUUUCCACCAGUAACAAGCCAGCUCACGGACAAAAUACCUGCUGUGAUGGAACAACAUUAAUAACCGAGAAGAAGUUGCUCGGUUAUAAUACCAUAGGCCUACAAGCUGCGUCUAUCGAAAGCCAUGACUCUUGGACAGGUCUUCAUGGCAAGCCACCAGCUGGGGUAGGCGUCGCGCCGGCAGAUUCUGAGAAAAUUACAGAGCUGCGCGACAUGUGCGCAGACCCAGACGGCGAGAGUUUGGAUUCUUUUAGACCGACUCAGAGUGACCCUUUCGAAAGAACAUCAAGUAAAUAUCACUGUUGUGACGAGAUAGAUUGCCUCCUCGCCGCGUGCAUCGCCUUUGCACUGGGAGUGACCCUUGCCAUGGCUGUGCAUAUUUAUAUCGCACCUCCUGAGGCAAUGGGCCCUGGGGUGGUGGUGACUGACAGCAAGUUGUGUGCAUCGCUAGGCCUGGGGGUGAUCAGAGAUGGGGGGUCCAGUGUGGAUGCUUCCAUCACUACAGCACUCUGCCAGGGUAUAGUGCAUCCACACCUCUCAGGCAUAGGAGGUGGAGGGGUGAUGCUGGUUCAUGAUGGUCGGAAAAAUGAAAGUGUGGUGAUUGAUUUUGGUGAAACGGCUCCCUCUAGAAUUCAAGAGGAAUUACUACAACAUGACCUGCAGCACAAGUCAGGCCUUCUUGUCGGAGUACCAGGCAUGCUCAGAGGGCUGCACAAGGCACAUCAGCUGUAUGGAAGGAUGCCAUGGCAUGAAGUGGUGGGAAGAGCAGCCAACGUUGCAAAAGAAGGAUUCAAUGUCUCUGACAGCCUGGCCCGGGCCAUAGACUCUCAGAAAGGGAAGAAUGUCUCUGAGCGCUUCAGGGCAAUGUUCUUACCUCAGGGACAGUCACUUCCUCCACUCUCCACUCUGAAGCAACCCCAUCUGGCCACUGUUCUGGAACGUGUUGCUAGCCAUGGGGUGGAGGAGUUCUACCGCGGGAAUGUGUCUGAGGAGAUCGCAGUGACAGUGCAGGCAAAUGGGGGAGUGCUUACCCGAGCCGACCUGGCUAACUACAGCUCAGUGCUGCAAGAGGCUCUAACAAGCCAGUUUAAAGGGUACCAGGUGCAUGUACCCCCUCCACCCAGUGCUGGUGGAGCCCUGCUGUCCUUCCUCAAUAUCAUGGAGGGCUUUAAAUUCACUGAACAAAAUCGAGAAGGUAGUGCCCCCCACUGGAUUGCAGAGGCCCUAAAAGCAGCCCUAAAGCUGGCAAAUGGGCUAGCGGACCCCAAGUUUGACUCCUCUAUCUCGGGCACCAUCUCUAACAUGCUCAGUAAAUCACGCUCUGCUGUGCUGAGUCGCAUGAUUAGCAAUUCCAGCUAUGCAAGAGGUCCUGGGUUCAAAUCCCAGACGAGUCCCUUCCAUGGCCUGCGGAGCGACGCCAGUGCUUCCAGCCAAGUGGUUGUCAUGGGCCCCGAUGACAUAAUUGUGUCGCUGUCGUGCUCUCUCAAUUGGCCCUUUGGAAGUGGACUCAUCACCCCAUCUGGUAUUAUUUUAAACAGCCAAGUUAUGAAUUUCUCCUGGCUUACAGCGCCUGCGAACAUGACCCUUUUGAACCGGGUACUGCAUAAUAGGCUCCAGAGAGGGAAGAGGCCCCUGUCCUUUCUCAUGCCCACCAUAGUGAGACAGAUGGGCAGGCAGUGUGGGCAGUCUGUGGCACUGGGAGCCUCCAUGGGUCACUGGGCCUUAAGUGGUAUAGCUCAGGUGCUGAUUAAACUGAUGUCCGCCCACAAAAAUCUGACUUACUCUUUAUCUGAAGGGAGACUCUACCCAAGUCUGCAAACAAACGUUAUUCUGGUUGAUUCUGAGUUCCAGGAGAGGCGUGUACAGGCCCUGCGUCAGAGGGGCCAUGUUGUCCAGAGGGUGGAGCAUCUCUCCUUGGUGUUCGGAGCUGAACGAAGAGGGGAUGUGAUGCGCGGAGUCACAGAUCCACGCUCCACUGAGGCCUCGGCCCAGGCUAUUACAAGGCCCUCACCAGGGGUCCAGAUUAAGCCUGGACCUUGAGAUGGUUUACUGCUGAUCAUUUGUUUGAUCAUCUAAUGACCAUGUUUGAGUGUACUGGGAUUAAAAAAUGAAUUGUGGGCA